AAGCCCCGCCAAAGCAGCACCAGAUCUGCCCGACAUUUUUUCCACGACAGACUCUUGGUCUCGACACCAAACAGCAGCAGUUCAGGCCCCAAGAUACGACACACACCUGGCUUACCUGCAGCCACUCCAUCCCUAGUCACGCAAAUACACACACACCCCCUCCUUCGAAAUGAGCGAAAACGGAGCUGCCACGGCCACUGCGCCUGGCGACAGGGUUGCUAUUGGCAUCACCAUCGGCAACUCCAACAGCUCCAUUGCCUUUACCGUCGACGACAAGCCCGAGGUUAUUGCCAACGAGGAUGGAGAUCGCCAGAUUCCCACGAUACUAUCCUAUGUUGACGGCGACGAGUACUACGGCCUGCAGGCAAAGAACUUCCUCGUCCGCAACCCCGCAAACACCAUCGCCUACUUCCGUGACUUUGUCGGCCAAGAAUUCAAGUCCAUCGACCCUACCCACUGCCACGCCGCUGCACACCCCGAGGGCAAGAACGGGUCCGUCUCGUUCACGGUGAAGGACAAGGUGGCCGAGGAGGGUGCCGAGGUGGAGCCGUCGACGCUGGCCGUGUCCGAGGUCGCUACCCGCUACAUCAGGCGGCUCGUGGGCUCGGCAUCCGAGUACCUAGGCAAGACAGUCACUUCGGCCGUUAUUACGGUGCCCACCAACUUCAACGACAAGCAGCGCGAGGCCCUGACCGCCGCUGCCAACGCUGCCGGGAUCGAGGUUCUGCAGCUCAUCUCGGAGCCGACCGCCGCCGUGCUGGCCUACGAUGCCCGCCCCGAGGCCCAAAUGUCGGACAAGAUCGUCGUCGUGGCGGACCUGGGCGGCACGCGCUCCGACGUGGCCGUGCUGGCGUCGCGCGGCGGCAUGUACACCAUCCUGGCCACGGCCCACGACUACGAGUUCGCCGGAGCGGCCCUCGACAAGGUCCUCAUGGACCACUUCGCCAAGGAGUUCAUGAAGCGCCACGCCGGCGUCGACCCGCGCUCCAACGCCAGGUCGCUUGCCAAGCUGCGUUUCGAGUCGGAGAGCACCAAGAAGGCCCUGAGCCUGGGCACAAACGCCUCCUUCAGCGUCGAGUCGCUCGCCGAGGGCUUCGACUUUGCGUCGACCAUCAACCGCCUCCGCUACGAGACGAUCGGCAGGUCCGUGUUCGAGGGCAUCACCAGGCUAAUCGAGGGCGCCGUGACCAAGGCCGGGCUCGACGUGCUCGACGUUGACGAGGUGAUCUUGUCGGGCGGCACGGCCCACACCCCCCGCAUCGCCGCCAACCUGGCGAGCAUCUUCCCCGAGAGCACCACCAUCCUGGCGCCGAGCACGACGCCCAGCGCCAUCAACCCGAGCGAGCUGCAGGCGCGCGGCGCCGCCCUGCAGGCCAGCCUGAUCCAGGAGUACGACGCCGAAGACAUCGACCAGAGCACGCACCCGGCCGUGACCACGGUCAAGCAUAUUACCAACGCCAUCGGCGUCGUGACGCUGGGCGAGUCGGGCGAGGAGGAGGGUUUUACGCCCGUCGUCAACCCCGAGACGGCGGUGCCGGCGCGCCGGACCGUGCGCAUCGCCUCGCCCAAGGACGGCGGCGACGUGCUCGUGCGCGUCGUCGAGGGCAACACGCACAUCAAGGUCACCAAGCCCGAGCCCAAGCCCCAGGCCGAGAAGAAGCCCAACGGCGUUCAGGUCGAGGACGCCAAGGAGAGCGGGGACGAGGACUCGGACGACGACUCGGACGAGGAGUCGGAUGAGGAGGAGGAGAAGCGCGAGAAGGUCUGGAAGACGGGCGACGCCCUGGCCGAGGCGGCCAUCCGGGGGGUCAAGAAGGGAGGCCAGAUCGAGGUGACGAUAAACGUCAUGGCCGACCUCGCCGUCACCGUCACGGCAAGGGAGGUUGGUGCCAAGGGAGGCGUCAGGGGGACCUUGUAAGAAGAGAAUGGAAUUUUUUCUCUCUCAUGAUACAAACAGCGGCCACUAUUUUUCUACGCCGUCGUUGCUUCCAACUGGACUUGUGUGUGGGUGGAGUUUUUUCUCGGUGCUUGGGUUGGGGGAAAUUUGGCGGAUGGGAAGAUCUCGCAAAGGAAAGCCAUUACCGCAGUUCUCGCGCCGUCCAGUGUGUGUGUGUGUGUGUGUGGUUUAUAGACUCUUGAUAUUUUGGGUCGCCUUGGCAAAGCGAGGGGGAGAGGCGGGACCAAUCUUUAGACAAAAGGAAAGAAUUGGGACCAAGAGAUGUGAGCGCUCACUGCCAGAACUCUUGCGAACGGGCAGAGGUGUGUGUGCCGAGGCCUUCCGACGGUAACGAUGAAUCUAUCCCAUGUGCCUUUCACAGGUAGUGGAGUAUAGGAUAAGGACGACCCUCGUAUCUUUACAUCAGUCUUGGACGCAAGGCAAGAGCAAGACGGGCUGGUCUAACCAAUGUGGAAAAAAAAGCAAUAAGUUUUGCACCGUCUAGUGGGAGGUCGCUUUAGAAAGGAUUUAGCAAGAAAACGCAAACAGCUCAUUUCUAGUUGAGCCAGAUAAAGCAAAGACAAGCAAAGCCCGCCGCCACCACCACCACCACCAUCACUACUG